GGGCUGGGCGGGAGGUGCGGCACGCAGCCCCACGCCGGGCGGCCCGGCCCGGCCCGGGGAGUUCCGCGGCUGCCUUGAGUCCCCACCCCGCCUGCCUCUCUCCUCCUCCUCCUUUUUCUGCUCUGCAAUCAGAUGAAUAAAUCAGGGAAGGACACACACACAGAGACUGAGAGGAGAUCUGUUACAAAAGUAGCCCUGAUGGCGGCGGAUCAGAUGAAGCUGGAGCUGCUGCUGGAGUAACAGAGAGUAGACUCUAUUCCUCUCUCUAUUUCUCCUCUUCCCCCUCUCCACCCACAGAUCUCCAUCGUUUCUCCUCCUCCUUCCCACCCUCGGCUGUUCUCCCUCUUCUCUGCACAUCUCUGGGCUGCGCCUCUUGAGAGGGGGCGGGUUGGGGGAGCGGAGGAGGCUUUAAAAAACAAGAGCCCCCCCCCAACACCACCAUACACACAGUAAUUGAAUUUAUUAUUAUUGCCGUCUCGCCGACUUGGGGAAGGGGGAUCGAUCGUCGAUCAGGAAGAUGGCUGCUGGCUGGCUGCUAGUCUUUAGCCUGACACUUUUCCAGUCCCUGGUGAUGAACCACUCGUCCGAGGGUCCUUUCCCUUCUGCCACCACGAUAAAGUCAUGGGUAGAUAAGAUGCAAGAAGAUCUCGUAACAUUAGCACGAACUGCAAGUGGAGUGGAGAAGCUUGCUGACAUUUACAUGAAAAACAAAGCUUUGUAUACUGUGGAAGCCAACAACCCUCGUCAGCUAGUGGAGAUUGCAGCCAGAGACAUUGAAAAGCUUCUGAGUAACAGGUCUAAAGCCUUGGUGCGCCUCGCUAAAGAAGCGGAGAAGUAUCAAGCAUCGCAUCAGUGGAGGGAUGAGUUUGGGAAUAAUGAUAUCAUCUAUUAUAAUGCAAAAGAUGACCAGAAUGAUCCUGAAAAGAACGACACAGAAUCUGGCAGCCAGAGAAUCAGACCUGUGUUUGAAGAAGAUCCUGUUUUCCGACGACAGACAUCUUACCAGCAUGCAGCAGUCCACAUACCAACAGAUAUUUAUGAAGGCUCAACAAUUGUGUUAAAUGAACUCAACUGGACUGCAGCCUUGGAUGAUGUGUUCAAGCGGAACAGAGAAGAAGACCCCACUUUGUUAUGGCAGGUUUUUGGGAGUGCAACUGGCCUCGCUAGGUAUUACCCAGCUUCCCCCUGGGUAGAUAACAGUCGAACUCCAAACAAAAUAGAUCUGUAUGAUGUUCGCAGAAGACCAUGGUAUAUCCAAGGAGCUGCAUCUCCCAAAGACAUGCUGAUUUUAGUUGAUGCGAGCGGGAGCGUCAGUGGCUUGACAUUGAAGUUGAUCCGCACCUCGGUCAUUGAGAUGUUGGAGACCUUGUCUGAUGAUGACUUCGUGAAUGUAGUUUCAUUUAACAAUAACGCUCAAAACGUCAGUUGCUUUAAUCAUCUCGUCCAAGCUAAUGUGAGGAACAAGAAGAAACUGAAGGAAGCUGUCUAUAAAAUUUCUGCUAAAGGAAUUACAGAUUAUAAAAAAGGCUUUAGUUAUGCUUUUGAACAGCUGCUAAAUCACAGCGUCUCCAGAGCUAACUGCAAUAAGAUUAUUAUGUUGUUUACUGAUGGUGGUGAAGAAAGAGCACAAGAAAUUUUCCAUAAAUAUAAUGAAGACAAAAAAGUACGUGUGUUCACAUUCUCUGUUGGUCAACAUAACUAUGACAAAGGACCCAUACAAUGGAUGGCCUGUGAAAAUAAAGGUUAUUAUUAUGAAAUUCCAUCCAUUGGAGCCAUAAGAAUAAAUACCCAGGAAUAUCUGGAUGUUUUGGGAAGACCAAUGGUUUUAGCUGGAGAGAAAGCCAAACAAGUUCAAUGGACAAAUGUCUAUCUGGAUGCUCUGGAGCUGGGCCUUGUGAUCACAGGAACCCUACCUGUCUUCAACCUAACAAAGGAACAAAAUGGCAAAAUAAACCAGCUGAUCCUUGGAGUCAUGGGAGUUGAUGUCUCUUUGGAGGACAUAAAAAAACUAACACCACGAUUUACACUCUGUCCAAAUGGAUACUAUUUUGCAAUUGAUCCUAACGGGUAUGUGCUACUUCACCCAAAUCUCCAACCAAAGAAUCCCAAAUCCCAGGAGCCCGUCACGCUGGAUUUUCUAGAUGCUGAAUUGGAAAAUGAUAUUAAAGUUGAGAUUCGGAAAAAAAUGAUAGAUGGAGAAAGUGGAGAAAAAACAUUUGAAACACUGGUCAAGUCCCAAGAUGAGAGAUAUAUUGAUAAAGGAAACAGAACGUAUACAUGGACUGCUGUGAAUGGCACGGAUUACAGUUUGGCAUUGGUGUUACCAUCAUACAGCUUUUAUUAUAUUAAAGCCAAAAUUGAUGAACCAAUAAUACAAGCCAGAUAUUCAGAGACACUGAAGCUGGAUCGUUUUGAUGAAGCUGGCUAUACAUUUAUAGCACCAAGAGAAUACUGUAAUGAUGUAAAAAAAUCAGAAAACAACACUGAAUUUCUAUUAAAUUUCAAUGAAUUUAUUGACAGAUACACUCCAAGCAGUCCAUCGUGUAAUAAUGAUAUGGUCAUUAGAGUUUUGCUGGAUGCAGGAUUUACAAAUGACCUUGCCCAAAAUUAUUGGAGUAAAAUGUCUCUUGAUGGUGUUGUUGCACAAUUCGUUGUUACAGAUGGUGGAAUUACUAGAGUAUACCCAAAAAGGGCAGGAGAAGAUUGGCUGGAAAAUGCUGAAACUUACGAAGUCAGCUUCUACAAACGGAGUUUGGAUAAUGACAACUAUAUUUUCACAGCUCCAUACUACAACAAAAGUGGUGCCAAUAGCUAUGAAACAGGUAUUAUGGUAAGCAAGGCUGUGGAAAUAACGAUUAAUGGGAAGCUUCUGAAGCCAGCAGUUGUUGGAAUAAAGAUUGAUGCAACCAGAUGGAUGGACAAUUUCACAAAAACCACAAUCAAGAGCCUGUGCAACAGUGAAAUCUGUGGCUGUGAGAGAAACAGCAUGCAUGUGGACUGUGUUAUCCUUGAUGAUGGUGGAUUUCUUUUGAUGUCAAAUCGGGAUGAAUAUACACAACAGAUUGGAAGGUUCUUUGGUGAAAUCGAUCCUGGCCUGAUGCGAAAUCUGAUUAACAUGUCCCUGUAUGCCUUUAACAAGUCAUAUGACUACCAAUCAGUCUGCGAUCCUGAAGAAGAACCAAAGCAAGGAGCUGGACUUCGUUCUGCCUAUGUGCCUACAAUAACAGAUAUUUUGCAUCUAGGAUGGUGGGCUUCGGCAGCUGCCUGGUCUAUCUUACAGCAGCUGUUCCUGAGCUUGACUUUUCCACGAUUCCUUGAAGCAGCUGAUAUGGAAGAAGAUGAUUUUGGUGCUGCCCUGCCUAAAACAAGCUGUAUCACUGAGCAAACUCAGUACUUCUUUGAAAAUGAUGAUAAAUCCUUUGGUGGGAUUGUAGACUGUAUAAACUGUUCCAGACUUUAUCAUGCAGAGAAGAUUUCAAACACCAAUCUAGUAUUUAUUAUUAGUGACAGCCAACUGCUGUGCCGUUCCUGUGACCCAAAGCCACUGAUGCAAGCAGAGAAGCCGGAUGAAGGGCCAAAUCCUUGUGAAAUGGUCAAACAACCUAGAUACAGAAAAGGUCCUGAUGUCUGUUUUGAUGAAGCCAAACAGGAUCAGCCUAUAUGCACAACGAGUCGUGCCUCUGCCAUGAAGUCUGCUCCUAUCUUCAUUUUUCUGCAAGUUUUCAUGUGGUGUGGAUGGAAGACUCGGCCGACUGCGGUGGUGUCUCUGGUCUGAGUCCAUCACUGUGGUGUAUGGUAGCAACCCAGUUGGUCCUGCUUUGGCUGUGUGGCAGCAGACACUGCCAGUUAUGACCUCGUUAAACCAAAACCUGCAUAACUUAAUCAAGACCUGGCCAAAACGAUAGCCUCAGUUUAAUUUUCAGAAGGGUCAGCAGCAGAGCAGCAGUGCUUGUGUUUGGUUAUCACUCAUUGUGAGACUCACAAAGGCACCCGCGGUGGCUGCAUGUUGGAGUAUUGGAUCCUUAAGCAUUUGUGAAUGCUGCAUCAUCUAUGCCAUCCAAACAGAUUUCUGUACAUGCUCCACUGGGGAAUCUAUAAAAUUUUAUUAUUAUUAUUGUUUUAUUUUUUAGUUGGUUUAUUGAUAACUUCACAUAAAAGGGCUCCCCUGACAAUAUCUUAUGCAUAUGAUUUUUAUUUGUUUUAAGCUUUGGAUAUCUUGAAGAUUUCUUUUACAUGAAAGUAAAAAAAAAAAGAAAGGAAAAAGAAAAUGUCCUUUCUGGCUGAUGUUAUUAGCACCCUGACAGCUCCUUUGAACAUCAGCUUUGUCCAAAUGACUAAAAUGAAAAUAUUGGCAAGUCUUCAUCAGAAGUUCGGUAUGAUUGAAAUGGAGGCAGGAAGGGAGGAGAGGAAGGAAGGGAGGAAGGAGAGAGAAAGGAGAGGAAGGAAGGGAGGGAGGAAGGAAGUAGGGGAAGUAAACUUCUGGUUUUAGAUUUAUAAAGGUGCUUGAGAGUUUAACUUGAAAGUUAUUCUCAUCUUAAACUUGGUAUCAUCUUUCAGAAAAAUGUUAAUUUUGAAGUAAUCUUCAUCUUGUUUUCACAAUGCAUUUAUAUAGAAAAGUAGUAAAAUCUUUCCAAGGCUCAAACAAAAGCACUUGUGAAUAAACAAAUGUCUUUGUGAAAUUUGAACGUCGGUUUCCAAGGGUAUUUUGCAUGAUGAUGCUAUGUUACUGUUUUCAGUUUGUUUUCUUUGAUGGUAGAGUAUAGUCCAUUGAAAAGGUAACUGAGUGGUUCUUCUAUUGUGUGCGAGAUUGAACAUUGCAAAUGUGCUGCAAUCAAAUCAUAUGAAAUCUUAUUGUGAAAAACGAGCUCUGAAUAUACUGUGCAAUGAAAAAGAUGAGAAAACAGGAUAAAUUUCACUAUCAGAAAACAGGAUUGAGUUGGAUUUGUUACAGAAUAGCAAUCUCACAUGAAAACCUGCGUACGGCUAUUUUAAGUACAUGAAAGUCAGAUUUAACACUUUUCAUUUUUUAGAAGUAUAUGUUCUCUGAGGUUCAUAUUAGGUUCCCUCUUUGUUUUGUUCAUAUAAAAAAAAACCCACCCUUAAGAUCCAAACUUAUGCUGUUGCUAUUUAUUAUUGAAAAUAGGAUAUUUAACAGAAAAAUAAAAAUGUCCUGGCUGCUGAGUCUAAACAAAUGGGGAGCCUUGAAUCUCUUAUGUAUGCACAUUGAUACCUGAUUGUGAAUACUCAUUUUAGAAGUUGUUUUUCUACAGCCUCACUGGUGAUGAUACAGAUUGGUGCAGUAACUUCCUGUAUGACAGUGUAGCAUAGUGUUAAUGCAAAAAUAUGAUUUGCGCUUUUUCUUUUCCUAGUUUUCAGAGCUAAACAGUCUUGCAAGACAGCUAAACCAAUGAAUGUGCAACUCUGCUGGUAUUGUACAAUUCUGCUAACGACUGCAAUAUGCAAAUAUUAAUUAACAUGGCACAAUACAUUAGCUCUUAAAAAAAAGAAAAUGCAAGGCAUCGGUAUGUAUAUGCUGGCAAUUGACUGAUAUCAUUUUGAUCAUGCCAAAAGCUUAAAGAAAUAAUUGGGCAUGUAUUAAUAUCCUGUGAGAGCUGAAGAAGCUACUCAAAGCCGUGGCAUGGCUUGAAAGAUCAGAUGUCUACUGUUGUACCCAUGGCUGGUUCAUUAUUUUGCUCACGUACCUUGGCUCCAGACGCAUAUGUUUUACACACGUGAGAAUACAGUGAGUGAAAAAAAAUAUACACUGAUCUUUUGUUCUACUCUGGUAGAGUCAUGGGAUUAAAGUACAACUAACUGUGUUGGAUGACUUCAGGUCCUCCUCAGGGAAGGUGAGAUAAUUUUGAUAAUAAGAGUAGAGAGUUAGAGCUCUCCUUCCAGUCAUGUUUUUGCAUCUCUCUUUAUCACCAGUUACCACCUGAUCAAAAAUAAAUUUGAAUCUUUCUAUUGCUGAGAUUGGAUCCUGUGUUUUUCCAAAACAUGGUCAAUUGAAGUUUCAUGGGAGGAACAAGUUUUGUAGGAUUAAGCCAAUACUCAGUACAUUCAUAGUGUUUAAGAUUACUUUAAUAUGUAUUAGUUUGCAUUAUACUCUAGAUUUCUUCAAAGCUUGUCAAUAUGCUAAGUUCACUUACAGUUUUCAUGUAGCUUCCCAGAAGAAACCCUUCAUGGAAAAAGUCCAUUAUUUCACAUCCUGUAAGAAUUUGCUUAUGCUGAUAUGCCAUAUUUUGAAUUACUAAAUAAACAAUUGAUUAGAAUCUGUAGGCAGAAAAAGAGAUGUCACAAUGCCAUGCUGCCAGAGAAAACAACCGUGUUUUUUUCUCUCAUUCUACUUCCAUUACAGUGCUCAGAUACAAAAGGAGAAGCCCAUGCCAUGCAAGCACAGUAGCCUUCCUGGGUUAUGCAAAGAGGCAAAUGUCCUCUAUUCCUUUCUGCCCCUCUAUAUGACCUAAAUGUGUUUCUGUAUAAGCACCUAGCCUUUCACUCAUUAGACCCAACUGGCAGAAAACUCAGGAUCUGGCUCUCCCAAAGGGCUUCCCUAAAGAAUUCAAAACUCUAAAAAAGGAAGAAAAAAAGCCAACCUUAUUUUUUUCAGAAAUAAAUAUGUAUUUUGGUUAUAACCAAGUGAUGGUCAAAUGUUUUUAAUAUGCACUACCUAGUUAUCUGCAAAUUACAAAACAGGUAGAAAAUGGAAUGUGAUCUUCAGCUGUCUCAGACUAUGAGAAUAUGCAGAAUAGUAUCCUUACUCUCAAAUAAUGCAUACUAGUCAUCUUCUUUUGUCUGUGAGAGAAGAAACUUGAUCCUGGGCUUUAAAAGGAGAUGUUUUCAAAUUGCAAUAUGUUGUAAAAAGGUUUUUCUGUUUUAAAGCCAGAUAAAAAGCUCUGCUGAUAUUUGCUCAGAUCCAUUAAAUAGCACUAAGGGAACGGUUGGGAUUGUUUCAGUUUACACAGAAGUCAUGCAGCCUAUUGUACGCCUGACAACCACUAUUAAAGUUGUUACAGCAUGGUACUGUGCAAAACAUCAUCUGAGGACUUAACAUGAAAGGUUUCUUUCUAGUUUUUCAUUUAAACAACCAGCAUUACUGCCAAGACACUGACCGUGGUCCAUAUUUGUAACAGGUUUUUAACAUGACAUAGCAGGUUUAAUUGACAAGAUUUUUAGGUCCUGUACCUUUAAGACUAUAGUAGGAUCUUUUUCAUGUUUCUAAUGCUUGAGGCUUUACUGCUUAACUUGACAAAAAAAAAAAAGUGUUGCUGCCAUUUGUAAGUUUUCUUAUGAUAUUCCUUUUACUAACUUCAAAACUGGCCUUACUGGGUUCAAAUAGGCAGUGUCCCUUUUAAGUGACCUUUGCAACCCAAGUGUUACUUGCUGUGGAUGAGAGUUUUUCAGUAUCACUGAAAAGACAUUAAGACCUUUUGUUCCCAUUAACACUUCAGCUCAGAAAGUGUGCUUCGUAUGUCUUAAUUUCAAAGCACAACCUCAGUCCUACUGGUCCUAAAAAAUCAGAUGCUAGGACACUGGUUAUUAAGAAGUAUUUGAAUGCCUACAAGGCACUGCAAUGCACUUAUGUGUUUUUGGAAUGGUGACUGAAGGUGAAAACUUAAUAGCUCCUUCCUUAGGAUAAUUUUUCACCUAGCCUCAUCAGACAUCCAAGCCUUUAACAAAGGCCAGAUAUUUAUUGUAUUUUCUUUUUCAUACCACAAUGUUAAUAUUGUUAAUACUCAUUGUACACUACUGUAAAAAAAAAAGAUGAAAACAAAGUGUCUGCAAACAAUCCAGAAGUUUUGAAGAGUUAGCCUCACCCUCUUCCCAGCUACUCGCAUCUGUCCUGUUUAUGGUUUAAAAGAAAAACAUCAUCUUGAAGAAAUAACUUCACUGAGGCUAAAGGGAUGCUGUCUUGUUCAGAUGCCAUGAAACUGCGAUUGUGAUCUGACAAAGCUGUCUUCUUGUGUUGUAUGGAAUGUCUGGAUCAUGCUUUCUGGGAUAUUUUUAUCAAAAUGCUCAGUGUGUGUUUCUGCAAAAGAAGACUUGGUUGCUUUCACACGGCAAGCAGGUUUUUCUCCCUUUUCUUGUGUUCUCUUGACACUUUUGUGGAACUUGACAAGCCUGGAAAAAAAGAAUUUUUUUGUAAAAAUUUGUACAAUAAUGUUAUAAAAAGUUUAUAAUCCUAGAACUGUUGUGUUAAUUCUUGUGCAAAAACAGUAUAUUCAGAAUAAAAGUUUAUCAUUUAAAAUCAACAA